GGAAGUGGGAACCGUUGCCAACAAACAAGGAACCAACUGACGUUAAAUGUAAAGAAACAAGAGCAAGGAGUGUUUCUACUGGCGGUGAUAUGCCAGCAUGCAGACGGAUGAUGAUGAUGAUGAUGAUGAUGUUGUUUCCCUGCCUCAGACCGGCUUGGUAAAAUCUUCCGGGACUUUUUGUGUUCUUGUUGGAGUAACGGGUAGCGUAGCUGCCCUGAAACUUCCACUUUUAGUAUCUGAGCUCCUUCAGCUACCAGGGGUGGAUGUAAGAGUAGUUACUACUGAGCACGCCCAACACUUCUAUAGCCCUGAAGAGGUCUCUGUUAAAGUCUACAGUGACAAAGAUGAAUGGGAGAUGUGGACUCAGAGAUCUGACCCUGUGCUACAUAUUGAGCUGAGACGCUGGGCAGACUUGCUUGUCAUUGCCCCCUUGGAUGCAAACACACUCGGAAAAAUUGCUAGUGGCAUUUGUGACAACCUGUUGACAUGUGUGGUCAGAGCCUGGGAUACAAGUCGGCCUCUCCUCUUCUGCCCUGCAAUGAAUACAGCUAUGUGGCAGCAUCCUAUUACAGCCCAGCAGGUGGACAGGCUGAAGGAGUUUGGCUAUGUAGAAAUCCCCUGCAUUGCAAAGAAGCUGGUGUGUGGAGAUGAAGGCAAAGGCGCCAUGGCGGAGGUGUCUACUAUCAUCGCUGCUAUCAACCAAUAUCUUCAGCAAACAAAUGAGGCAUCUCAGCAAACAUGAGCAGUAUGCAACAAGUGUGUCUUUCAUUGCAGCAUUUCACUGAAGAACCUCAGCAGCAAAAAAAAAUCCCCCGUCGUUUGUUAGACAGUGGUGGUUUUACAACGCCUGGCUAUAAACAAUGUCACAAUUCACUGGGUUUAAAUAGCUUUAAAAAAAAAAAAGUUCUGGAAGCAUGAGACCCACACAGUUCAGAAAUCUUCAAACAGCAGUUUGACUCUCCUAUCGUAUGCAUACAGUGUCUUUACCAAAACAGUAAUGUAACUUUGGAAGUAAAUGAAACUUAUCAAAAUCAGAGGCAGUCCAGCACAUUUUAGGGUGGUUAAUAAAUACAUUUAUAUUAAUACCUUUAUAUUAAUUCAGUGUGCUCUAUAUAUAGUACAUGUGACAAUGAACUGACAUUAUUUGAACCUGUUUUAUUGAACUUGAACGUAUGUUAAAGUAUCAUAAACAGCUGUAGGAUGCCCGGUGGAAUACACUGUAGUUAUCUGAAACAAUGUAAAUCUAGUUUUAUUGCAUUUAUUUACAUGUUUCCCCCCACUUCUUUAAUUGACCAUUUAACAUAUACAUGAACAUGAAUAAUUUAAUUUUUUUAAACCCUGUCAUUUAUCAAGCAUGUGUGGGCUAUUUAUAUCCAUAAUGUAGUCACCCCACAAAGGGUGACAAGCAGAAAUGAUACCAUGGUAUUGUUCAAGUAAUAUAUGGAACGUUUAUUUUCUCGUUAUGUCAGUGGUGGAUGAUUGGAAAACUACUUAGUGCAGUUUUUAUGGUAUUUUUAAUCCCCAUUAAAGGCUUGAAGUACAUCAGCUCAUCUUAGCAGUUAUUUUUCUGUAUCAGUGUGAUACAUGCAGUCGGCUGUGUAUAUUCUUUAAAAAAGGAUUCACUUGUUGUCCUACAUAAUGUCCACACUCAGUGACAGGAAGCCUUAAAUCUUGAUAAAAGUAUUUCACUACACUGUUGCUUAACAGUUUUGUAUUCAAGAUAAGAAUAAGGUCAUUAUGUGACUCCUUGUGCAUAGCUGGAGGUAAUUCCCAAACUCUGCAUUUGUAGGAUAUUUCCAAGAACCUGUUUACUUGUAUGCUCUGUUCCAAUGUUAAUACUGAUGCAGAAAUGUCAUCCAGUGUGGGUGAAAAGAGCGAGAAAGUUAAAGUAACACAUAACAUCCUCUAACUCGGUGAUUCCCAACCAGAGGUAUGCGUACCCCUGGUGGUACUCGAGCUACGUGGAAACAUUUAAUAAAUUACUUCCAAGAUAAGUAAAUAUUCGCAGUCACUUCAUAUUAAGCCAGACAACACUAAAGCUAGUUUCUCCAGAGAGACAAUACCCUGGCAAAAUUGUAACAGUUGUGUUACAUUCUACUUAUGAGUGGGUACUCUUGGUGUGACAAAAAGGCUGUGAGGGUACACAAGACAAAAAAGGUUGGGAAACACUGCUCCAAUUCAGUGGUGUCUAAUUUUCCAUUGAGGACCGUGUACAGACAAAAGGAAUACUGUGGAGUCUGCUUUUGGUUAUUCUACAUUUUUAGUUUAUUAAACAAAAUGUUAAGUGGUUAAAUAUAUUUUAAAGGUCCCAUAUAGGUCGUAGGACGUGGUCAUAUAGCCAUAUAUAGUAGUAUGUUGUCCAAUAUCUAAUCUUGAAGCUGGAAUAAAAAUUGCUUUUUUAA